GCUGGGAAAGGAUGCCUUGAAGUGGAAAAGGAGUUCUGUUGGAAGUCCUGGGAUGAGACCAGCUUUGUCAAAGAUCGAACUGUACGAUCAGAGCGUGGUCGCUGGCAGUGCCAGUUCUUAGUGGGCAUCGAGGCAAAGAACGACUUCGGCGUUGUGGGUCGCUUGCUUGGUCGUGGUGGUGCAAACAUGAAGCGAAUUGCAGGUGACACGAACGCCAAGAUGCGGCUUCGAGGUCGCGGCUCCGGCUUCAAGGAAGCUGAUUUGGAUGGAAAGGAAUCCACAGAUCCUUUGAUGCUUUGUGUGAGCGCUCCCAGUGAGAAGUCAUACAGAGAAGCAUCUGUCGAGAUACACAAGUUGUUGACAGACAUGGUGGCUGCAUCAAGAAAGCACAUGAACCACGAAUGGCAGAAUUACAAUCAGCCAUUUUUACCGGCGUCGCAUGUCCUUCUUUGCCCAGCAGUGUGACCUUCGGGGAGUGCGGGUUUUCUCAGUGAAAGUCUUCUGUGAGAACAGCGGUUCUGGAAGUUUUCACUAUUUUUUGUUUUGAUUUGUUUUGUUUGUUUUCAA